GGCGUACCGAUCAUCUAGUGCGUUCGAGACCGCCUUCUUCGCACGAGUGCAAAUUCCUGCGAUCUCGAACGCCUAGUACAUAUCACGAGAAGGUUCGAGGUGCAAGAACUUACACCACCUCUGUAAGUAGUGUGGUUGAAGAACAAGAAUAUGUUCAUGCGCACAUUUAUCGUCAUUCGCGACUCUAAGAACGGAUCACGAGAACAACGGGAACGGUGAUCUCGAACGCACUGGAGCCUGGAGCCCGAUGCCUUCCGAGUAAGUGCAUCGGAAGGUCUUAGGUUUUUAAAGAUUGUUGUUUCUUUUUCCCAAACCGUACGUGAAUUCGUGAAAAUGUCUACAAUGAGUAAAAUAGAUUACCUAAAGCGAUACACAUCUGAUAACCCGAUGGCGGAUAAAAAAAGGAAAAAGAGAAAAACUGCACAUGGAGGAAAUACUACAACACCAAAGUCCAGAAUUGUGGAUGAUGAUGUAGACUUAAAGUCACUGCCAAGUAAUUUAGAUGAUGUUACAGCCUAUGACAAUAUAGAAGAAAAUGUACCAACUGUUGCUGCUGUUUUUGAUGAACGUCCAAAGCACAUUCAAGAACUGGAGGCCUACAAAACUGAUAAAUGGAAGAGAAUGAAAGCUAAUAAUGGUGACUCUUCACCAAGAAUGAGGCAUGAUUCAGACUCUGACUGUUCACCUCCUUUGAAAAAAAGACAUGAUUCUGAUUCUGAUCAGUCGCCCCUAAGGAGAACAAGGCACGAUUCUGAUCAGUCGCCCCUAAGGAGAACAAGGCACGAUUCUGAUUCUGAUCCGUCUCCUCCAAGGAAAGGAAGGCACAAUCCUGACCAGUCACCUCAAAGGAAGCGGCAUAAUUCAGAUUCUGACCAAUCAAUUGAUACAAGACAAGAUUCAGAUUCCGACCCGUCACCUCGGAGAAAAGGAAAACAUGAUACAGAUUCUGACCACUCACCUCCAAGAAGAGGGCAACGUGAAAAUAGUGCUAAAAUGAACAAAACUUUGUCUGGAAAAAGGGCUGGUCUUUCUUCAGCAAAAGACAUGAAAAGAGAAGCAGAUAUUUUGAAAAAGAGAGAGGAUGAAACAUUUAAACAGAUAGAUGCAGAUCUUUUAGGUAAAAAUGUGAAGACACAAUACAGAAAAAGCGGAAGACAGCAGAAGAUAAAAGAUAAAGAGCCUACAGCAGAAGAUUUGAAGAGAAGGGAAGAACUAGAAGCCAAAUACUCUGAAUGGGGGAAAGGCUUAAAACAAACAGAAGACAAGGCAGCUCGAGUAGAAGACCAUCUGUAUGAAAUGUCAAAACCUUUGUCCCGCGCAAAAGAUGAUGAAGAUUUGGAUGCCAUGCUGAAAAAUAAAGAAAGAGCUGAUGAUCCAAUGUUAGCAUUCAUUAAAAAGAAGACCAAGGACAAAGCGAAGAAAGAACUUCCACAGUAUAAAGGACCUCCUCCACCUCCAAACAGAUUUGGCAUUAUGCCAGGUUAUAGGUGGGAUGGUGUGGACAGAUCAAAUGGUUUUGAGAGAUCAAUAUAUGCCAAACUUUCUGACAAGAAGGCUGUAGCAGACAUGGCUUACAAAUGGAGUGUGGAAGACAUGUAACCUGCAGUGGUCAGCCGUUCAAAAUCCAGGGACAAGUGUAAUGUACCAAAGUACCAGAGUGUGCGAUGAAUGAGAGCAUCAACAUAUACAACUGACAACAAUAAGAGAAAGACAGACGAAUUUGUGUGACAAUGUUUUAUGCAUUAAAGACACCAGUAUGCA